GGGGUGAACAUAUCAGAAUUUUCUGUUAGCCUUCCCAAUUCUUCUCGCUCUCUCUCUCCCGGGAGCUCGUUCCGAUCAAAGCCAGAAAGAAGGGAUAAAAGAUUGCAGAGGAGAGAGAAGACUUUCGAUCCCAUUUUAUCCACACCUCGCAUUCCUCCAUCGCCGGAAAAUUUAUCCGCCGACGGGGAUAUUUCGGGAACUUUCUUCUCGCUCCUCUCCGUCUCGCGGGUUAGGGUUUCCGCCAUGAGGGGCGAGGACCAGCCUUCGCGGGUUCUCUACGAGCUCUGCUCCCUCCUCCUCUCCGUCCUCCGAUCCCCCCACCUAGCCGGACCGGAGAUGCCUCCGCCGCCGACGCCACUGCCUGCCCGGGCAUCGACAGCUGUGGCGGAGCCCCGGCCAGCGAGGCGGCCUCGGCCGCAGCUGUCGCUGACGGGGCUGGCGUCGCUGCUGCUCGGGGUGUCGCUGGCGAUGAUGUUCUGCGGGUCGGUGACGUUCGCGAUCGGGUUCAUUCUGAUGCCUUGGGUGUUGGGGAUGGUGAUGGUGCUCAGCUUCAUUGGAAUCGUCUCCAAUCUUUCCGGGUUGGGGCGGGCGAUCCUUUGCCUCAGCUUCCCCUCUGCGUCCAGAGUUUCGUCCAACGAGGUGCCAGAGAAUGCUAUUGCUAGCAAGCCUUGGGUGCUCUCUGCAUAUGUGGGUAUCUGAUCUGUUCAUGACCAGCUAAAGGUUUCCAACUGCAGGAUUUUUGGGGUAGCCAAAAUGAUUCAUCUAAUUAGUGGAACUUGCAGGUCUAGUCUCUUUACUCGAUCAACCCCGCAGGCCGAAAUGGGUGAAAUCAAAGGACAUUACUUGCAUGAAUUUGCAUUCUCAAAAGCACUUACCAUCCAUUUAUUUAUCCAAUGUAACAAGUUAUUAACACUGUAAAGUGAUCAAGAUGGUUGCUAUUUCCUAUCAAAGAAAAGUUCUUAUUGCCUAUUUAUUACAAUAAGGUAAAGUCAA